UGUUAAUAUUUGCAAACAUGCUUUGUAAUGCCAAAUUCGGAACUAUUACUUCAAUCACAGCCUCGAUCUUCGGCGGUGCAGUUUCUUCCCAUGUAACAACUCUUCAAAACUGCAACUCUCUCUACUGUAAGAGAUGGAUUGGCUUAGAAGCAGCCUUUCUAUGAGUUCAAGGAAUAGCAAAACCCCAAAUACCCAAACACAGUCUAACUCCAAACUGCAGCAUCAACAACAAGAAGAAAGCGUAUAUGGGAUUACCGAGGAACUCAUCAACCACGUCAAGUCCUUCACCGUUGACACCUUUAAGAAUUUCCCUCUCAAAGAUGAAGAUGAAGGCAGUUAUUGGGAAGAAACUCAAUCCUCUUCAACCAAAGUUCGAAAGGAUCUCUCCGAUUGGCAAGAGAGACAUGCAAUCCUCGUUCUAUCAAGAGUCAAGGAAAUAUCUCAAUUGAGAUAUGCACUGUGUCCACGCCAUUUGAAGGAAAAUCAAUUCUGGAAAAUUUACUUUAAGCUCACCAGAAGCCAUGUUCUCGAAUAUGAGCUUCGCCACAUAAAACAGGAGAAACUGAAGCGGAUGGCAAUGGAAGAUGAGAAAUCUUCAGUUAACAACUCGUAUGAAGUUGAAAUGGCAGAGGCAAAGGAUAUCAGCUUUGUUGAGCCUUUACCACCCUCUGAAUGAAAACUCUGAUAUUUGUUGAUGGAAUGAAUAGAACAGCAAGUUGAACCGAUGAUCAAAGUGCACAAAUUGCAGAGAUUUGUUGUCAAUCCUGUUAUUCUUGUGCGGUUUCUUACUGAAGAUGAUCGUGCAGCAGGCAGUGAGAAUCCGGCGUACUGCACUUGGGAACAGCAAGAUCAGGUCCUAUCCUGGCUUCAAUCGACUCUUUCUUCUUCAAUCUUGUUUCAAUUGAUCGGUUGUGUUCAUUCGUAUGAAGUUUGGUAACAAUUUCAUGAGUACUUUCAAAAACAGACGUGUGCAAAAGCUAGACAGUUGAGAACAGAGCUUUGCACUACAUCCUUGAGCAAAAAUCAAUGUCUGAGUUUCUUCUUCACAUUAUGUGGCUGGUUGACGCUCUCAACACUUGCGGUCAUCCUAUUUUACCUCGCGAACACCUAGAUGCAAUUUUUGAAGGUUUACCAGAAGAUUAUGCUUCGGUUAUAUCUGUUAUCGAAAGCAAGUUUAAUCCUCUUCCGAUAAAUGAAGUUGAGGCAUUCCUUCUUGUGCAUGAGUCACGUUUACCAAAGUUUCGAAAGACGUUACUCGAAUCUUCUUCGAUUAACAUUGCUCAAGAUGGAUCUAGUUACAAUUCCAAGUUUGCUUGAAAUUUGGCCAUACCACAACUGUGUGUCAUUAUCGAUAUGAUUCUAACUAUCAACCUAACUCAACGUUGAGCCUUCAGGAGCUUGUGUUUUUUAAUUCUUCAAGCAUAUCAAAUGUUCGACAAAAUGUGUCACAGACCAAAAAUUCUGUUCCAAGUGCCAUGUUCCUUAACUCUGAGAAUCAGAAUCCGAACCAUACUACGUGGAUUCCUGACUCUAGUGCUUCGUUUCAUGUUACGGGAGAGUCUCAAAAUAUUCAGCAGUUGGAGUCCUUUUAAGGUCCAAAUCAGAUUUACAUAGGCAAUGGCCAAGGUCUCCCUAUCCCGUCAUCAAGUUUCACACAGAUCUGUUCGCCUUUGAAUUCCAGCUUUCCUCUUGCUCUUAACAAGUUGUUGCAUGUUCCCUCUGUUACCUAGAAUUUGAUUAGUGUCAGUAAAUUUUCUAAAGACAAUCAUGUCUUCUUUGAAUUUCAUCGUAAUCCUUGUUGUUAAAUCACAGGCCACUCAUGAGGUCUUGCUUCAUGGUUCCUUGGGUCCUGAUGGUCUCUAUGUCUUUCCACAAUUACAGCCUUCCCAAUCUGCUUCUAUGUCUAUUCUAUGUCUCCAAAUAUUGCUAACAAUAAAAGUGUUGAUCCAAGUUUUUCUGUUGUAAAUCCAGGGCCAUCUGGGUUGCUCCUGGUUCUCAAACUUUGUUGGGGUGAGCUUAGACCUCUUUCUUCAUACUGUCAGACUCAUGGUAUUGUUCACAAGCUCAUUUGCCCUCAUAUACAUCAUCAAAAUGGUGUUGUUGAGAGGAAGCAUAGACAUAUUGUUGAGUUAGGAAUGACUCUUCUUAAGCAGACCUCUCUUCCAACCAAGUUUUGGGACUUUUCUUUUUAAACCUUUAUUUAAUCAACAGACCGCCCACGUCCUCUUUACAGUUUCAAACCUAUGACAGCAUACUACAAACUCAGUAAACACGGGACAAAUUAUUUUCAUGACCCUUCUCUUUAUAGGUUACGUCUCUGCUUGAUGGUUCUCUUGUUUUGACUCAAAGCAAGUAUAUCAGAUAUCUCUUACAGAAGACUAAAAUGGAUGAAGCCCAAUCUGUUUCGUCACCUAUGACAGCAUACUACAAACUCAGUAAACAUGGGACAAAUUAUUUUCAUGACCCUUCUCUUUAUUGGUUCGUUGUUGUGCCCUAUGGUAUGUAACAGUGACUCGCCUCGAAUUGAGCUAUGCUGUCAAUAGAGUGUGUCAAUUUAUGGCUACUCAGUUGGAUUCACAUUGGGUUGCUAUCAAGCAUAUAUUGCGAUACUUAAAAGGCUCUGUCCAUCAUGGUUUACAUAUUCCAACAACUUCUUCGAAACCGUUUUUCAUCAAGGUGUGAUUCUGAUUGGGCCUUUGAUCUUGAUGAUCGACAUUCUACAUCAGGGCAGCAGUCUAUUUUGGUCCCAAUCUCAUUUCUUGGUGGUUGAAGAAACAAACUGUCAUUGCUAGGUCCUCAUCUGAAGCAUAAUAUCGCUAUUUAGAAAGUGUUGCAGCUGAAAUUAACUGGAUCCAAACUCUUCUUGCUGAAUUAGUUGUUUCCUCUACAGUGCCAGCAUUAUAUUGUGAUAAUUAGAGUGCGGUUGCGGUCACUCACAAUCCUGUUUUACAUUUUACACAUGGAAAUUGAUGUCUUCUUUGUCAAGGAAAAAGUCUUAACUCAGCAGCUUCAGGUUUAUCUUAUGCCCGCAAGAAAUCAAUGGGCUGAUGCUUUAACUAAGCCUGUUUCUCCUAGGCGAUUUCUGUUUUUAUGUUCCAAACUCAAUGUUGUUGAUUCAAUUAGUAAUUCAACCCAUUGAGUUUAUGGGGGAUAUUAGUAUAGAGCCAGCUGUAAAUCUUUAUACAGCUGUCAAUCUGUUAGGCUUGAUUAGUAUACAUCUGUUAAUCUGUUAGAAUUGUUUUGGAUAAAUACAUGUUAACAUUCUGCUGUAAACAUUUUUAGUUGAAACUAUUCAAUAUAUUCAGUUUCUUUUGUUAA